UGUCCUUUCAAGCAUUUAUGCAUAAAGAAACGUAUUGCUACGUAUUGCGACGAGAUCCUUGGCCUUGCACGUCUUUCGUAAUCACAUGGCUGCUAUGAAUAUCCGCAAGCAAAAAGCAGCAUUUGAUCGCAAGCACUUGAUCAAAACAAGCGCCGCCGCUUCUCUCGCCGUCCCUUUGACCACAUUUUCUACGAACCUUGUCCGCCGCCCGCCCCUCAGCAGAUCAAAACUCUUUGUUGGAGUAACAGAACGAAAACACAAGCGGCUUCCCCCUUGGACCACUGCCUUCACGUCACGUGUUCCGCAGCCAGCGCUUUUGAAAGCUAAAAGGUCUCGAGUGUGACUUGUUAUCUCCUCGUUGAGUUGAGCAUUUUCAAAAGCAAUGGCCACGGAUGUCGGCCUACCACUACCUUAUACAGCAAUAGUCUCUUCGUCUUCUCCCCAGCUACCGUCACAACCCCCCAAUGCGUUGACUUCCUCCAUCUUUUUCUCGCUUUUUCAUCGGGACACGUCAAACCAGCCCGCUCCCCCGUACUACUAUAUACCACCAGCCGCUCUCCUCAUAAAAACCCACAUCACUAUCCUCCGUCUCCUAGUUCUCUCUGCCCUACUGUUUGCACUGAUCCCCGUUAUUGCUCUCUUGGCUGCUCUUGUCCCACCACCAGCACCAACAAUUCUCGUGGUAGUUUGCGCCUGCACGGUGUUCCCGGCCGCUAUUACCGCGCUGACGAUGGCUGUUCGCCGAAUGCGUGAGGAGGAGGAACGAGUUCGUUGGGCGGGUGAACAGGUGGAGAUGGAUCCGAGAAGGCUGAGGCUGCCAGACUAUGCGGACGCUGAGCCUCUGCCCGCCUACGAACCGAAAGUCGAGACCGCGGAGGAGACCCGUUUACUGACAUAGUACUGAGAAAUUGCUCUCCGCUUUCUUUAUCGCACAUCCUUAUUGCCUUUAUGAGGCAUUUUCAUAUAUAUUUUCUUUGAGGAGCUAUGAUAUUGUAUAUGCUAACAAUAGACAUUUUAUCUCAUUUGUAUAUUCCCUGGCAUGUGUAUGGCGGUUAUUUCUGAACAGAGGUUGCUUCUUUGCUACA